ACCACAUCUUCUUUCUCAAUAUUCUAACUUAAAAACAUACUAGGCUAGUGAUACAUAAAUGGAGCAUCUUGAAAAAGGUCAAGAACUAGAAAUUGAUGAACAAAAAUGGGUUUACGAUUCUUCCUUUGAUCAUAGAGGCAGAACGCCACUUCGUGCUUCCACCGGUGCUUGGAAAGCAGCCUUGUUCGUUAUCGCCAUCGAGUUUGCAGAGAGGUUAAGUUACUUUGGCAUAGCAACAAGUUUGAUCAUAUACCUCACCAAGGUUAUCCAUCAAGACGUGAAGACGUCAGCAAAGAGUGCAAAUCAAUGGACAGGUGUAACAACCCUAAUGCCGCUUGUUGGAGGCUUCUUGGCCGAUGGUUACUUGGGCCGUUUCCCCAUGGUUCUUUUAUCGUCCAUUAUCUAUCUAAUGGGUUUGAUUCUCUUAACAAUGUCUAGUAUGCUUCCAAGCUUAAAACCAUGUGCAAGUCAUGAGCUUUGUUUAGAACCAAGGAAGAUCCACGUAAUCGUGUUCUUCAUUGCAAUCUAUCUGAUAUCCAUUGGAACCGGUGGCCAUAAACCCAAUUUAGAAAGUUUUGGAGCUGAUCAGUUUGAGGAUGAUCACCCUGGUGAACGCAAAAAGAAAAUGUCGUUUUUCAACUGGUGGAACGCAGCCCUUUGCACUGGACUAUUGCUGGGUGUAACUGUUAUCGUCUAUGUGCAAGAGCACGUAGGUUGGGGUCAAGCAGAUAUCAUACUCACCGUGGCCAUGGCUUGCUCGGUUAUAAUCUUCCUCAUAGGCAGACCUUUCUAUCGAUACAGAAAGCCCGGAAGCCCAUUAAAGCCAAUGGUACAAGUAUGUGUUGCAGCAUUUGCUAAGAGAAAUUUAGCUUCCCCUUCUAACCCUGAAGAGUUACAUGAGGUGCCCAAAUCAGAAAAAGUCCAACAAAGGCUCCUUUGCCACACAAGAAGCUUCAAGUUUCUUGAUAAAGCUGCAAUUAUUGAACAACAAGACUUAACCAACCAGAAAAAUCAAAAUCCAUGGAGACUAUCAACUGUAACAAAAGUAGAGGAAAUGAAGCUACUUCUGAACAUGGUUCCAAUUUGGCUAACAACGCUACCAUUUGGUUUAUGUGUAGCACAAUCCACAACGUUCUUCAUUAAACAAGGUAUAUUUAUGGACCGCAAAAUCACCCAUCAGUUCAUCCUCCCCCCAGCCUCAAUCUAUGGCUUAGCCGCUUGUGGGAUGAUUAUUUCAGUGGCAGUCUAUGAUAGAAUAUUAGUCCCUUUAUUAAGACGAAUAACAGGAACCGAAAGAGGAAUCAAUAUUCUCCAAAGAAUAGGAAUUGGAAUGGUGUUUUCCGUCACAACAAUGAUAGUGGCCGCCAUUGUUGAAAAGAAGCGUCUAUCUGUUGUGAAAAACGAUCCAUUACAUGGUUCAGCCACUAUGAGUGUGUUCUGGUUAGCACCACAGUUCAUUCUAGUUGGAAUUGCAGACGGGUUCACUUUGGUUGGACUUCAAGAAUACUUUUAUGAUCAAGUUCCUGAUUCAAUGAGAAGCUUAGGAAUAGCAUUGUACCUAAGUGUAAUCGGUGCUUCAAAUUUCUUAAGUAGUUUCUUGAUCACAAUUGUUGACCAUGUGACCACAAAAGUGUCAGGAAAGAGUUGGUUUGCAAAGGAUUUGAAUGGUAGCCGUCUUGACUAUUUCUAUCUCUUAUUGGCUGCAAUCACUGCAGCAAACCUUUGUGUGUAUGUGUUUGUAGCAAGCAGAUACUCGUACAAGAAUGUGCAGAAAAAGGCCGCAGUGGCAGUGGCUGAUUGCUACCAAGAUGAUGUCCACGGGGAAAGAACUUAAUACAUAGAUGCAUAUAAAUAAGUUUGCGGUACGUCCUGUAGUAGUAGUAGGGAUAUAUGUUAAACAUUUAGUCAAAUUAUUAUAUAUAGCUUUGCUAAGAUUUCUCAAUUUCACUUUAGUAGAUAGAUUUUGUAUGUUGGUGUAAUACUAGAUUCACAACUACCUUAAAAGUAUUCUAUAUUUAAAUGGAUA